AUGCCGGAGAGCGCCGCCCAAGAGCUCGAGCCCACUCCAGCCAAAGCACAGUCCAUGAAAGAACGCCUCGCCUUCUUUGCUGCUGCCCAGGAUAAGCCAGCCCCGCCCCCUAUCAAACCCAAGCCGGCCGCCGGUGGCCUGACCUGGUCCCAGCGGCAAAAGCUCAGGCAAGAGCAGGAGGCAAAGGAAAGGGAGGAAGCCGCAGCACGAGGCGAAAGUGCCCCUGCUCCCGUCUCUGCCGCGCCUGCGCCUGCCCUGCCUGAACCUGUCCAACAAGCGCCCACGGAGCAGCAGGAAGGUGCAGGGAUGUCGACUGCAGAUGCCGUCAGCUCUAUUACAAAGGGCGGCUCGCUCAAGGAUCGAAUGGCCGCUCUGCAAGGAUCUGGGGCGUUCGGGCAGCAGCAGGAAAAGCCCCCGCCUCCUGCUCCUUCCGGCAAGGUAUGGUCAAGGCCCGCUGCUCCUCCCCAGCCUGAUCCCGAGGUCGCCGAGGGAGAAGAAGAUGCUUCCCCUCUCGAGGGAGAUCAAACCGUCCCGGAAGGCACCGAAGCAACUCAUGACGACGAGGAAAGCGAAGAGGCUAAAGAAAAGGCUCGGAAGGCCGCCAUCACUGCUCGACUCGCCAAGCUGGGUGCGCGGGGUCCCAUGGGCGUGAUGCCCACCGCCCCGCCCGUCAGAAACCAAUCCACCAAGAGCGCAACCUCUCCCAGUGUGGAAAAGGCUGAGCCUGUAGCUCCCGAGAGUUCAUCCAACGACGAUGGAGCGCCGGUCGCGACACCCCUUGCGGCUGCGGUGCCCAAGGAAGCGCCCGAGUCCGAGACAGAGAGUGCUGCACCCCCCAAAUCCAUCCCCAUUGCGGCUGUACCCCGACGUACAGCGCCUCCUCGACGCCGAACAGCUCCCCGUACGACAUCUUCCAACCCUGCGCCCGAGUCCGAGACGCCUCCCAUGUCCGAGAGGGAUGUCAGACUCGAGACCAAAGACGCCGAGGGUCAUCCUAUCCCUCCUCAGCAGGUCAUGGUAGCAAACGAGGAAGCGCCCUUGCCCAAGACCGAAGAGCAGCUCGAAACUCAGAGGCAGCAGGAGCAGCGAGGAGGGGGUAUCGGUGGACUGCAAGGUGCACAAGCAGCGGGUAUCGCAGUGGAUACCACUGGAGAUGGAGCUGAACAGCCCGAAGAAGUCAAACCGGAGGAGGAUCGCGAGAUUGUUGAGAGUCCGGGAGAAAAGCCUGAGCCUGCUGUUGCUUUUAUUGGCCCCGACGAUACAGAGAAAGAAAAGGCUGCAACUGGGCCCGACCCGAUCGAAUUGAUCCCUGCUGAAAAGGAAGCGGUCAAAGGCGACGAGAAGGACGUCGUUCCUCAGGAAGCGCCACAGAGCAUUCUUAAAACCGACAACCUUGACCGUGACUCUGCCGAUAAAGAUCACAGCGGGCCCUUGAGUCCCAGCCCCGUCACCACUGUCCCCCUAAGGCCUGCCGGUCCUGAUUCUCCAGUAUCCCCGGUCAAUGCGGAAGAGCCACCUCUGCCCCGCGCGAGGAGAAUGACUAUCGAAGACAUGCCCCUGGACGAAGUGGAGAGGAAGCACAUGCACGAGCAAACGCACGAAACACCCGUACAAUCGGCCCCUCUGGCUCGAGACCCUUCCCCAUCAACGACGGUAGAAGAAGACGCCGCCCCUCCUCCUCCUCCGAGGAGAUCGCUCGAUAAACCUGCAGGCCCCAGGCCACUCCCGUCGGCCCCGACUGCUAUCGUAUCGGAGGCAGCGCCUGCUGUUCCUGCUCGUAACCCCGACCGACCGUUGAGCCAGGUAGACGCUCCAGAGCAUCAGGCGCGAGCCCUGCCGCCUCCUCCCCCCGAAGCUGUCUCACCCCAGGACGAGGAAGAAGAGGGACAAGCAGUUGGACUGGGAGAUGAAGAGGUCGAGGCAGCGCCCGACGAGGAAGAAGAUGAAGAGAGCAAUACUCCUCCCCCACCUCCGGCCAGAAAGGAGACCUUGCCGAGCGCUGUUCAAGUUGGCGUCCCGACACCUGCUAGGGCGCCGCCAGUGCCAGUCUCUCCAGUCAAGCCCAAGAUGGUCGACUCUCCUACCCGCUCUCGCACUCUCGAGACAUCCCCCGUUACCGCACCCGCGGAAGGGUCUUCUGAAGGCGCAGAAGAGCUCAAUCGCCGUUCUAGUAUUGCGGCGCGCAUGGCCAAGCUGGGCGGUGUCAAGUUCGGCAUGCCGCCUCCACAGCAAUUCAAGAAGCAGUCCUCUGGCGCGACAUCGGCUCGAGAAGUAGAAGAGACGGGUGAAGUCGCUUCCGUCGACAGGCAGGGGACGGUGCCCGACAAUGCGGGAGCUGCUCCAGUCGAGAGAUCCGCGGAAGAAGAAGAAGAAGAAGAAGAAGAGACACCCGAGCAGGAAGCUGCCAGAAGGCGAGCCACACUAGCCAGGCUCAGAGCUGGCGGAGCGUUGGGCUUUGGAAUGUUCAACCAGGGCGCGCCUGGGGCCGAAUCCGUCGAGGCAGACAAGCAGCAUGUUGACGAGCGAAAUCUAGAGAGCGAUUCGGUGGCAGAGGAGACCAGAGAUGAGGCGCCGCCUUUGCCUCCCUCCAGAGCCCCUGCCGCCCCUCCUAUUGAGACAGAAGAAGAUGAAGAGGACGCCCCUCCUCCCUUACCUGCAAGCCGACCAUCCAUGUCAGAGUCCCACCCCGAGUCGCCUACCUUAUCGUCGCGUCCCCCGAUCCCUGCUACUACUCAACGUCGUAGCUUGCCUCCUCAGCCCAGAAAUGCAGAUGCAGAGGAUGCUCCGCCCCCUCCUCCUCGUCAAUUGCACCAGGAGCCUGAAGUGCAGGAGACCGAGGAAGAAGAUGAAGCACCCCCACCCCCUCCUCCUAUGAGGAUUGGACAUGCCGCUGGGGCUUACGGGGAGCCGAGGACCAGUACCAGCGGAUCUCGACCUUCAGGGGCAUGCCUUGACCAACCUCGUGCCGCACCUGCCCCUCCUGCGGAAGAGAGGACGGCUCCCAGUCCCCAGGCUUCUGUCCCCGCGCACGGCGCGACUCAGCCCAGAGCCAGCAGUGAGCAGCAAGGGAGACAAUCCACGACUCUGGGUACCAGGCCAGGGUAUGACCAAUUGAGAGAAGCUUCGGCCAACUUUGGUGCUGGACUCGUCCGAUCUGCCCACGCAAUCUUCCAGCAGGGCAAGCGUGGACAAUAUGGAGAUGGAAGCUCGACAGGCUUUGUGCUUUUGGCGAUGCAGAAUGCGGGCAUUACACCUGCAGAAGGAUGGGGCCAAGUCAUCUUUGAACAAGAAGCUGGUUCCAUCUUGCGCCGCUACGAUGAACCUCGACCUGGAGAUAUCGCCGCCUUCUACGAUGCCAAGCUGAAGGGUAAGAAGGGUCUCUCCACUUACUCGCAGCAUGUUGGCUCGGUUGAGGAGCCUCUUGUCGGUGUGGUCGCCGAGUUUGAGGAGCGCAAGCACAAAUUGAGGGUGCUGCAGGUCGAAAGAGGCGUGGCAGAGGAGGUCAGCUAUAGGUCAGAAGACUUGAAGUCGGGGAGAAUCUUGGUAAGUGCCCCGUUGUCAGUCUAUCCGCCAUACUGA